AUGACUCCAGAUAAUUCUGAAAGAUAUCCACCGAGUCCACCUUUUCAAGAAGCGGGACCAAGAUCCAGUGUUUGGCGAGCCUAUUUGGAUGAAGCAUUGAUUUACGACACCGAUAUGGUCAAAAACAAAAGAGCAAAAGUGAAUAUCCUCCUUGUGUUUGCAGCACUAUUUUCCGGGAUUGUCAGCGCCUUCAUUGUGCAAAUCUUACCAGACAUUCAGACACCCUUACAGGCAAUGUCCGCAUCAGCCAGCCGCAAUGAUAACACCACAUCUAACGCCGAAUCCACUGCCGAUACCUUACACAAAUGGACUUACAUUAUAAGCUAUUUGUGGGUUGGAAGCUUGGGUCUCAGUCUUGGAGCUGCAUCAGUCGCCUUUCUUAUAGAUGAAUGGUACUACCAUUAUCUAUCGCCCAUUGCUGGAGACCCCCAAGUUUGCUCUCGUAUUCGACACUUACGUUUCAACGGUCUCCUUGAUUGGCACGUCAGCAUGUUCGUUCACAGUCUACCACUAUUUUUGCAUGCAUCCCUCGGAAUAUUUUUUGUCGGCCUUUUCAUAUAUCUCUUU